CCCUGAGUGAAUUAUUCAGGGCAUUAGACUGUGGCCGUGCGCGUGAGAGGGAACCCUGCUCACUGUGUCUUUAAAGCCGUGCAGUGGGGGAGCCUUCACUGAAGAAAGGAGGGGUUGCUGUGCGCCAGUUGGAGGUGUCCGCUUGUCGCUGUGGUUUGGGUUUGACAUUAAAGACGAGAGCGUCCAUCUCUAAGCUCGGGGAUGAGAGCACAGGCAGUGGCAUUGGGAAACAUGCACGGGUACUGUUCGGAAAUGCAUGGAUGGACGCACGGACGCGUCAGUCGGAUAUAAGUUGCCCACCGGUGCAACGAAUUUCUGGAAAUAAUGGGGAACACGACACCGAAGCCAUUAAUAGACACAACUUUGCAACCCCGCCCGGUGGCCAACAGGCAGUACUACACUCUGCCCAACAAUGGUGCGGGUGUGGAAAGAAGGACCUCUGCUGCACCAGUCAACGUUAAUCUGGAGUCACCACGGUUUCACCCUCAUGCCAAAGGAAAAAACAUCCGUCUGGAUGGGCAGCUUCGACGAGCCACUCGUAAAAACAGCUUCUGUAAUGGCAUCACGUUUAGCCACAGACCAGUCCAUCUCUAUGAAAAGGUGCGUCUUCGUUUGACGGGUGUGCACACAGGUUGGAGUGGAGCUCUCAGAUUUGGUUUUACAAGCCUUGACCCCAGUGAACUUGUGGCUACAGACAUCCCCAAGUACGCCUGCCCUGACCUUGUGACCCGGCCUGGUUUCUGGGCAAAGGCUCUUCCCGAAAGGCUGGCCUUAAAAGACAAUGUACUGUCAUUCUGGGCUGAUCGCCAUGGUCGUGUUUUCUACAGCAUCAAUGAUGGAGAGCCUAUCCUUUUCCACUGUGGCCUCAGUGUCGGCUGUCCACUGUGGGCCAUUAUAGAUAUUUACGGCAUCACUCAGGAGGUCACACUGCUUGAAAGCGCAUUUGCUGAGAGUGUGGGGCCAAGCUGCCUAAGCACAGCCCGACUCAGUGCCUAUCUGCCCCAGAGCAGCCAUGACUCAGCCAACUACAACAACAAUCAGUUGGAGAACAACCAGGCCGCCGCCGCCAAGAUGGCCGACCUUCAGCUCAAUAACUACUCGCAGAUAAUCCCCUGCUGCUCCACCACUUCCUCUACCUCCACUCCCUCUUCUGCACCCACUGCCUCCAGGGUCGUCCGCCCAGGCCUCCCCGCUCCGCUGGACAACAACUUGCACUUUCACCCAAUCCGUGGCUCUGACGUGAUCCUGUCGGCUGAUCGGUUGGCCGCUUGCAUACACUUUCUGGACAGCAGUCGGACACUUGUCUUUGGUGACCGGCCCCUUCACGUGGGGGAGACUAUUUACGUAGAGGUGGGUCACUUAGGCCUGCCAUACUUUGGAGCACUGCUGUUUGGUUUGACGUCAUGUGACCCUGCGAGUCUACACGCUGCAGACCUACCGGCUGAUCCAGAGCUGCUGCUGGACCGUAAAGAAUACUGGGUUGUCCACCGGGGCAUCCCUAUCCCGUGCUCUGGAGAUGUGCUCAGUUUCAGCCUGCUGUCCACUGGUGAAGUGCACCAUGCCAUCAAUGGAGUGGGGCGCGGUCGCCUGCUCUGUGUGGACUCCUCUCAGGUGCUGUGGGCCUUCUUCACCCUCCAUGGAGCUGUUAACAGGGUCAGAAUACUGGGAACAUUACAGCCCAGCCCCUUGCCCAGCCCCUCACAGAGCAGUAGUCCAGACGACAGUGACUCAGACCUGGCCUUCAGUGUGAACCGCUCCUCCUCUGCCUCGGAGUCCUCCUUGGUGACAGCCCCCAGCUCCCCCCUCAGUCCUCAGGUCUCGCCCACCAUGGCUGUCCCGGAGCUGCCCCCUGGUGGCAAAAACGGGGAGUGCACUAUUUGCUUCGAUCAGGAGGUGGACACAGUCAUCUACACGUGUGGGCACAUGUGUCUGUGCAAUGAAUGCGGCCUCAAGCUCAAAAGACAAAUCAAUGCCUGCUGCCCCAUCUGCAGAAGACCGAUCAAAGACGUCAUCAAAACGUACAGACCAUGAAAGGAUGACUUCUUCUAGGACACUUUAAGGUUGUGGGACAGUGCACGUUUAGGCACCAUUACUCAGGCUGGAUCGAUAUGGACAAAAGCCAAAUGUGGAAAUAUUGUGCCUAUGGGAACAUUUUGUAACAUAGAUAUGAUAUAGGUAUUAGAGAAGUUUUGAUCUUCUAUAAAAUGCACACUUGAGCUUCUAUUAGUGCACCUAUUUUAUAUUUUUUAUGUGGUUUUGUCCUGUUUCACAUUAAUAAUUGCAGAAAAACUGCUGUGAAUAUAUUCCUAUGUCCUUUAGAUCCUCUGUGACCCCAGAUCAGUACCUGUGCUUUAGACUCCUAGUGCCUUAGGUAUCUCACAGCUGUGUCUGACUCAAUAUGCUACAGGUCCUAGCCAUAUUUUUAAUGUACAGUGACGAGGUCUGCUGGUGAAAAGGGAGAGUGACUGGGAAUGAAAGGAGGAAGGGAAAGAGAGAAACAUAAAAAUAAUUAAGAUAUUUUAACAAAAAAUACUGUGUUUAAGAGAAGUGUGUUUAAAAUAUGAUGGAGUAACAUGUUUUGCACAAUGGCAGUUUAAUAAAUGGUAUAAAUGUGA